AUGGCCUGUUUCCAUGGCAACUGGGAGGAAUUUUAUGGAGAAGUCCUCUUAUUGGAUGAGAGGAAGAUCACACUAACAGCCGAGCGAGGCUUCAAGAAAUCCUCAAAGGCGGCAGCCAUCUUGCAGCAGGUGUUUUCUCACUUGAGCGUGGUUGAAGUCAAAUUCUUCGGACUGAGAUUCUGUGACAAAAAACAGCAGACGCACUGGUUGGAUCCUUCAAAAACUCUUUCACAACAUCGAGACCUCAUCGGGCCGCCAUACAUUUUUUACUUUGGUGUCAAAUUUUAUGCUGAAGAUCCGUCAAAGCUGAAAGAGGAAACUACACGGUGUCAGUUUUACCUGCAGGUUCGUCAGGACUUCUGUCGAGGUCGCCUGCUAUGCCCCCCUCACCUCAAACCUCGGCUCUUUGCUCUGAUGCUGCAGGCGGAGCGAGGUGACCACAGUGGGGCACAGACAUCCGACUCAGAGGAAAACCAGGAAGUACAAAACAUCUACAAAUCACUCAGCGGUGUCUCUUGCCCUCAGGCUCAGAGUCUUUUCCUGUCUCUCUGCAGCUCUCUGCAGAUGUACGGAGUCUCUCUGUUCAAUGCCUAUGGAGAGAACCAGUCUGAGUACUUCCUGGGUCCAACUCCAGUGGGUGUAGUUAUCUACAAGAACAAAGUGCUGGUGGGAAAAUAUCUCUGGCAACUCACCAGUCUUUAA